CCAUCUUAAAGAGAGCUCUACGGCGGUGUGAUCAGUAAGCAGGCUUUCCUACUACUUUACCCUUGGUUUUUUUCAUUAAAUUGUCGAGUAUAAUAGUUAAAAUGUCCGAAACCGAGCAGCAGUAUAUGGAAACAUCAGAAAACGGCCACGAAGUCGACGAUGAUUUUAACGGAGCCGGCCCCACCGAGGAGGCGAACGACGACAGCGCCGUGAAUGACUGCGGAGAAGAAGGCGCCGGGCCCGAUGCGGACGAGAACUCGCAAAACGGCGGCACGGAGGGCGGCCAGAUCGACGCGAGCAAAGGCGAGGAAGAUGCCGGGAAAAUGUUUGUCGGUGGUCUCAGCUGGGACACGAGCAAGAAAGAUCUCAAAGAUUACUUCUCUAAGUUUGGUGAGGUGACAGACUGCACCAUAAAGAUGGACCAGCAGACAGGCCGGUCAAGAGGCUUCGGCUUCAUUCUCUUCAAAGAUGCAGCCAGUGUAGACAAGGUUCUGGAACAGAAGGAGCACAGGCUAGAUGGGCGACAGAUCGACCCUAAAAAGGCCAUGGCCAUGAAAAAGGAUCCAGUCAAGAAAAUCUUUGUGGGAGGCCUUAACCCGGAUACUUCGAAGGAAGUCAUUCAGGAGUACUUUGGAACCUUUGGAGAGAUUGAGACAAUUGAGCUUCCUCAAGAUCCAAAGACUGAGAAGAGGAGGGGUUUCGUAUUCAUCACAUAUAAAGAUGAGGCUCCUGUCAAGAAGGUUAUGGAGAAAAAAUACCACAAUGUCGGUGGAAGCAAGUGUGAAAUUAAAAUAGCCCAGCCCAAAGAGGUCUACCAGCAACAACAGUAUGGUGCCCGUGGAUACGGUGGACGCGGCAGGGGCCGUGGAGGCCAGGGCCAGAACUGGAAUCAAGGCUACAACAACUACUGGAACCAGGGAUACAACCAGAACUAUGGCUACGGACAGCAAAGCUACGGAUAUAGCGGCUACGGCAACUAUGACUACCCUGCUGGUUAUUACGGCUAUGGGGGUGGCUACGAUUACAACCAGGGCAAUACAAGCUAUGGGAAAACUCCAAGACGUGGAGGCCACCAGAGUAGCUACAAGCCAUACUGAUCACACGUAGUGCAGGUCUAAAGUAAAUAAGAAAAAGAGAUCCAUGGUCUGACCACAGCGAACAUGGGCUCUGGCUUUUCCUUUGGAGUUGGCAGAAAUUUGGACUCAUGCUCCAUUUGUACAGAUCAAGUGAGGAACUGGGGAAGCAAAUGUCACUUUUCCACUUUUUAUUUUAUAUUGUUUUGUGUCCAUUUACAUUUCCAGCAAUGGAAGUGUUAUUUUUACUGUACUUUUUGGUACCUUUUUGAAUCUAAUGUAUUGUAUGGUUGUAUUUUUACAUGUCUACUGGAUUUACAGAAGAGCAGGAGCAAGAGCUUUUAAAGCUCACGAAUAAAACAAUUUUGCUUUUUUUUUUUUUCCUUUUCAUUUGGUGUUUCUAGAUCUUUAGUUAUCUCCCGUGCUGAGUGUUGGAUGCAAGUUGCAUGGCUUCAGAUGUGGGGUGAGGAAAUAUAAGGGAUUUAAACUAAUCAAAGGGUUCAUUGUAAGCGUGUCAACUGAAUGUUUGCAGAUCGCCUAGUAGACGAAGACAACCAGCAUCUUUCUUUUUUUUUUUUUUUUUGGCUUUUAAGGAAACUCUUCCCCCCUAUCAUGUCUGCAAUUUUAAGUGGCUUUACUAGUGUAACACAACUGAACGCAAGCCUGUUAAUGUAAGAGGGUACUCCCUCUCUCACUGGAAACUCAUUCCUCUAGUGUCUUGGGCAAAUUGGUAGAAAUAAACUUUUGAUUUAUAUUACAAA